AUGCCGGACGUUUCCGCAAAUCCUCCUAUGUCUAAUAGUCAAUCAAGCCAAGGUGUUAAUGCAGUUUCUAGUGUUGGUGCACAGAUGCAGGCAAUGAUAGCUCAGGCGAAUGCGCAAGCUGUCCAAGCUGCAGCUCAGUUAGGUGCUUUACCUAUUGGAGCUCAACAACCCAAUGCCAAUGGUAAUUUUCCGAUCAACGGAAUAGCGAACGGGAAUCUUCUUCAAACCGCUAAUCAACCUCAAAACCCGGGAGCUGCUCCUGGAAAUAACAAUACCCCAAGACAAGCAGCCACUACUCAAAAUAGACAAGAACCGAGACGAAGUGAAAUUUAUAGGUAUACGUCAGAGUUUCCACUUUUCGCGUCAGCAUGGUCCAUGAAGAAGAGUGAUAAAUUUCGGUUGGCUGUUGGAACAGUUGUUGACAUCGGGAAUAACAAAGUGUCUCUGAUUCAUCUCGAUGACUCCUCAAUCCCUGGACAGUUGGUCGAAAAAGCAGUUAUUAAAACAGAUUUCGCAGCUAACUCCAUCGCAUUUAUUCCUGAUUUAGAAAAUAAUUUUCCUGAUCUAAUAGCUUUAAGUACCGAUGGUUUGAAAAUAUAUAAUAUAUCUUCUGAUUCUAUUUUUAAAGAAGAAGCAAACUUAAUUAGUAAUAAAUCAGCUCAAUUUUCUUCUCCUCUGACUAGUUUCGAUUGGAACGAUGUUGAUCCUCGUCUCAUAGGAACUUCUAGUAUCGAUACUACUUGUACUAUCUAUGACGUUGAGGUUGGAGCACCGAUUGGAAGUACAAAGUUGCCGUAUAAUGUGAAAACGCAACUUAUUGCACACGAUAAGCCUGUGCAUGAUAUAGGUUUCAGUAAGAUUCAUAAUGGGAGAGAUCAUUUCGCAACUGUCGGAGCUGACGGAAGCGCUCGCAUGUUCGAUCUCAGACACUUAGAGCAUUCUACAAUAGUUUAUGAAGAUCCUACAAAAAAUCCAUUAAUGAGAUUAGCAUGGAAUAAACACGAACCAUGCUAUCUGGCUACGUUCGCUCAAGACUCUGUAGAGGUUGUUAUUAUCGAUAUCAGACAGCCAUGUCAUCCUUUAUCAAAAUUAAAAAAUCACAAUGGUGCGGUCAACGGAAUAGCAUGGGCUCCACACAGCGCACAUCAUAUUUGUACCGCCGGUGAUGAUUCACAAGCAUUAAUAUGGGAUAUAUCAGGAAUCCCUCGUCCUAUAGAUGAUCCAAUUCUUGCUUAUUCCGCAGGCGGUGAAGUGAACCAGGUUCAUUGGGGAGCUGCGCAUAAUAAUUGGAUAUCUAUCUGCUUUAACAAGUCUCUCGAAAUUUUGCGAGUUUAA